UCCCUCCCCGCUCCGCCCCACACGAGCGAGCGGCAGUCCGGGAGGGCUGCUGGAGGCCGCGCACUGGGCAUGCUCAGAGCCGGGGCGGGCUCGGGGCUCCGCUAGGAGAAGCGGGUGCACUGGCCCAGCCAGCCGCGACUUUGGGGAAAGUUGCGGCGGGCGCGGAGCGGAGCCCCGGCGGGAGGGAGCCCCGGGCCGGCGCGGGGAGCAUGGGCACCUUGCGCGAUCUGCAGUACGCGCUCCAGGAGAAGAUCGAGGAGCUCCGGCAGCGGGAUGCGCUCAUCGACGAGCUGGAGCUCGAGUUGGAUCAGAAGGACGAACUGAUUCAGAAGCUGCAGAACGAGCUGGACAAGUACCGCUCGGUGAUCCGGCCGGCGACCCAGCAGGCGCAGAAGCAGAGCGCCGGCACCUUGCAGGGCGAGCCACGCACCAAGCGCCAGGCGAUCUCCGCUGAGCCCACCGCCUUCGACAUCCAGGAUCUCAGCCAUGUGACCCUGCCCUUCUACCCCAAGAGCCCACAGUCCAAGGAUCUCAUAAAGGAAGCUAUCCUUGACAAUGACUUCAUGAAGAACCUGGAGCUGUCUCAGAUCCAGGAGAUAGUGGAUUGUAUGUACCCAGUGGAGUAUGGCAAAGACAGCUGUAUCAUCAAAGAAGGCGAUGUGGGUUCAUUGGUGUAUGUCAUGGAAGAUGGUAAGGUUGAAGUCACAAAAGAAGGCGUGAAGCUGUGCACCAUGGGGCCAGGAAAGGUGUUUGGAGAGCUGGCUAUUCUUUACAACUGCACCAGGACCGCGACCGUCAAAACUCUUGUAAACGUGAAACUCUGGGCUAUUGAUCGACAAUGUUUUCAAACCAUAAUGAUGAGGACGGGACUCAUCAAGCAUACUGAGUACAUGGAAUUCCUCAAAAGUGUCCCCACAUUCCAGAAUCUUCCUGAAGAGAUCCUCAGUAAGCUUGCUGACGUCCUUGAAGAGACCCACUAUGAAAAUGGCGAAUAUAUCAUCAGGCAAGGUGCCAGAGGGGAUACCUUCUUUAUCAUCAGCAAAGGAAAGGUAAACGUCACUCGGGAAGAUUCACCCAGUGAAGAUCCAAUCUUUCUCAGAACUUUAGGGAAAGGAGAUUGGUUUGGAGAGAAAGCUCUUCAAGGGGAAGACGUGAGGACAGCGAAUGUGAUUGCUGCUGAAGCUGUCACCUGCUUGGUGAUUGACCGAGACUCUUUCAAGCAUUUGAUUGGAGGGCUGGAUGAUGUUUCCAAUAAAGCAUAUGAGGAUGCAGAAGCUAAAGCAAAAUAUGAAGCUGAAGCUGCCUUCUUCGCCAACUUGAAGCUGUCUGAUUUCAAUAUCAUCGACACCCUUGGAGUUGGAGGUUUUGGAAGAGUAGAACUGGUCCAGCUGAAAAGUGAAGAAUCCAAGACCUUCGCCAUGAAAAUCCUCAAGAAACGACACAUUGUAGACACGAGGCAACAGGAGCACAUCCGUUCAGAGAAGCAGAUUAUGCAGGGUGCUCACUCUGACUUCAUAGUGAGACUGUAUCGAACAUUUAAGGACAGCAAAUAUUUGUAUAUGUUGAUGGAAGCUUGCUUGGGAGGAGAGCUCUGGACCAUUCUCAGGGAUAGGGGUUCAUUUGAAGACUCUACAACCAGAUUUUACACAGCCUGUGUGGUGGAAGCUUUUGCUUAUCUGCAUUCCAAAGGAAUCAUAUACAGGGACCUCAAACCAGAGAAUCUCAUCCUAGAUCAUCGGGGAUAUGCCAAACUGGUUGAUUUUGGCUUCGCAAAGAAGAUAGGAUUUGGAAAGAAAACCUGGACUUUCUGUGGGACUCCUGAGUAUGUGGCUCCAGAGAUCAUCCUAAACAAAGGACAUGACAUCUCAGCUGACUACUGGUCCCUGGGGAUCCUAAUGUAUGAACUGCUGACUGGCAGUCCACCUUUCUCAGGCCCAGAUCCUAUGAAAACAUACAAUAUCAUACUGAGGGGAAUUGACAUGAUAGAAUUUCCCAAGAAGAUUGCCAAAAAUGCUGCUAAUUUAAUUAAAAAGCUAUGCAGAGAUAAUCCAUCAGAAAGGCUGGGGAAUUUGAAGAACGGAGUCAAAGACAUUCAAAAGCACAAGUGGUUUGAGGGCUUCAACUGGGAAGGCUUAAGAAAAGGAACCUUGACGCCUCCUAUUAUACCAAGUGUCGCAUCACCCACAGACACAAGCAAUUUCGACAGUUUCCCUGAGGACAACGAUGAACCACCCCCUGAUGACAACUCGGGAUGGGACAUAGACUUCUGAUGCGUUUCUCUUACCUGCUUCUGCCUUGCUGAAGACAGCUUUUUCUGAAACACAGCUGCCAGCAAACCUGAGGAAAAGAGAGAAGACAAGUGCUCGGGGGUCACCAUGAUGCCUUUGAUCGAUGCUGCUCCAGUAACUACAGUGGCAUUAGGACUUCCUGCUUUGAUGACAGUAGUGUUCUUUACAUGUUUUCUGUCUGAACCGAAAAAUUAGCAGUUGACAUGGUCCUGAAGCAAAGCCUUUUUUUUUUUUACCAGUAAGGAGAUAUUUUCUAUUGUUGCAAUGAUCUUGCUUUGCUCUGAUUAUAAUUUGAGAGACUGCAGGAAAAAGAGUCUGUAUCUUGCUAGAAUCACCAAGGAGAUCAAAAUAAUGUAAUACGCUAUUGGGUAUGGCAGAAUACAAUGGAACAACAACAACAAAAAAAAUGAGAUGUUUCCCUUUCAAGAGAAUGCCGUAGGAUCAAUUACUGCAAGUCAGUGUAUAUACCAUACAAAAGAGGACCACUCCCAUGUCGGUCACUGAGUUCAUGUCAAACCAGUGCUAGAAGUUUCAUGAUCUUAUUUCCCACCUGUGCUGAUGACAGGACUGAAUGUUACCUUUCCUUUACGACAGAUUUUACAAAUUACUAUGAUGCAAGCACAACUGCUCUGGCUUCUACUAAGAAACCCAUAGCAGAUAUACAUGUGUCUUUGAAGAAAAUUGGAAAAAUAAAAAAAAAAAAUGCAUGAUAUUUCUUUUUGAUAAAUUGGCAUGACAGAAUGGGGGAAAGCAAGUCAUAAACCAUUUCAUAUUUAAGAAAAAAAAUGUGCUUAAUAAUGGUCCUGGAAAGAAAGGAUUAGUAGCCAACUGGCUUUAUUACCUAACACACACUCAAACGGAGGCUUAAAAUAUUUCCUUUUAUAAAAAUAAACCCCCUGGGCCAGGGGUGGGGUGGGGUAGGGUGGAGAGGGAUUAAGUUCCAUCCAAAAAAGAAAAAGAACAACUAUAUAGGUGCUAUGUAUAUCUUUCAUCUAUGAAUGUCAGCGUCUGGAUAGACAACACAAAUUCUAAUCAUUACAUGUUUAGCCAGAGAUUCAAGCAUUUUCAGUAAAUUUAUGAAACCAAAAUCUUGUCAAGUUUUCACUUAUACAAAACAGUCUAUAAUUGAGGGAGAAAGAUGAUUAAAAGCUUAUUUGAACACGCUUCUGUCUUAGGCCUGAACCAAAAAGAAGAAAGAGAAAACGGAAAAAAAGACAGCAAGUCAUCAUUAAGUUUCAGCUGAGAAAAACCAUACGUAUUUGUGAGGUCAGAGAAUAAUACAAAAACCUGGCCUGGUGAUUUUUUUUUUUUUUUUUUUUUUUUGUCAGUGUGCUUUCAGCAUGUGGAAGAGAGACACAGGAACCUGGUUUCUUAAAAAAGAAAUUUGAGCUAAAUUGAACAGAAAUAUUCCAAUUUUGAGAUAUAUGACCUAGGAGACAGGUUUGGAAAAUAUCAAGCUAAUUUGUUUUUUCAUAUGAAAAAAAUAAUCAACCAUUUAAAUGGAGUGCUUUGUUGAUAGGCCAGCUUAUCGCUAUUAACUGUGACAAAGAUGGUUGAAAACAAUUGCUGGAAAAAUAUUAUACCUAGGCUCCACAAAUACAUCACCUUAUCAACCAUAAUUAUGAUUUGGAAUUGUAUACAAAUUUGGCAUAUUAAAUAGAGGUGUUUUUUUUUUCCACAGUAGAAAGUUGUUUUAGGAAAGAAAUCAAAUGUAGACUUUUCUGCACAAAAUGUGUCCACCUAGACAUCCUACUAUACCUCUAAAAGACACAUGGUCUUUGCCUGAAUGUCUCAUAGAGUCCACUUUAGAAUAUGAUAUGUUAUUAAAAUACAAUAGCCUAAGAGGCAUUUGGAGAAUAAAAUUACCAAAGUAUAAUGCAUAUAAUUUGAACAAAUGGACAUCAAAACCUUGACCCUACGGUUAUAUGAUUAGUCUUCUGAUACUGCAUUUUCCAGCCCUUCACAACUGCUCAAAAUUGAUCCAUGCUCCCAGUUAUUCAUUUUCUUCUACAGAUUUAGUAAUAUAAAAUGGAGCACACCAACCUAAACCCCAAUUAUGAAUGCUAUGUCAGAUGUUUUAUUCUCUUAGUUGAACUUUUAAAAAGCGAAUGUCAGCAUUACAGUCAAAGUUCAAUGACUUUUGUUGAGAAGAAAGAGUGGUUUAGAGCGGCUAAAGGUUUUGCUAGAGUAUUAAAUUUACCUGGUCAUCAAGUAAGAGAAUCUGCUCCUGCAGUUUUCCAAGGGUCAGAGAUUAGCAUGCAGAAUGGAUUUUAGAACCAUGGUUCAAGUCUAAGACAAUCAAUAUGGACAAGUUUUAUGGAGAAGCAGCAACAUGGAAUCUUAUCUCUUUCCCCAUUUGUCACUAUAUCUCUGUUCAUUUCAAAUGUGGCAUAGCAUUAGAAUGUCUACAGCAAUCAUCAAAAACAAAGAGUAAUCUACAUCGUCUAGGAGUUAUGAACAGAAAGCAUUCAUCUAAUUUUCAACGUUGGCGUUUAAGGAUUAACAUCUUGUCUUAAUAAAAGACACUAGGGCUAAUAUUCAUGGUCGACUUUAUGAAGUGCAUCUAACAUUUAUUUCUGAAUUUUUCAUGUCUCCCCCCUUUUCUUACACUAAAGAAUAUCUGGAUAAGCUAGUAUCGUGCCAACUUGUCUGAUUUGUUAACUGACUUUCUUGUUAAUACUUCAAGGAUGGGAAAUAAGGGCUUUCUGUGUGUCUUUACUCACAGAAAAACUGAAAACUGCCAAGGAAAAGGAACAGUGUAUUGGAUGAGUACUAGUUAUUCAAUAUUUGAUUGAAUAUAUUAGUCAAAAAUUAUUUCUGAAAAUUGCUUUAAAUGAUUCUUAUGUUUUACAUUAUUAAUAUAUUCAUGAGAUCCACGUGACAUUUAAUACAAAGUUAUUUUUAUUCGAGUCAUAAUUUUACUUAUAGUUAUGAUAUAUAUAUAUAUAUAUAUAUAUAUACAUGUGAAUCACAUGCAUACUAAUAUAUAGUCUCAAAUCUUGAUUCUUUCUUGUUUCAUUUCUAAGUAUCUGAUGGUGAACUGAUAGAAGUCAGCUAUCAUAUUGAAAUCAGAAAUAUCAAAACCAAUUUCAUACGAUAGAGGUGAUCUGUGCAUUAUCCAUAGCAUUUUUUUUCACAGUAGGACCACAGACAAAUAUUUAUGUAAAUAGAUAUUUUUGUGUGAUAUUUUGUGGUACAUAUAACAUUUUUUUUAGUGUUUCACAGCAUUAUUAUUUCCGUUUAUUUGUAUUGAGGUAAUGUUUUAGGUUCAGGUAGACUUGAAUUAAUGUCACAGUUGUCAGUAUUAUUGAAAAUUAUGUCAAAUAUACUGUUAUCCAUCUGUCCCAUAGUUUAGAACAUGACCUGGCUAUCUGGCAUUGUUGCAAGUGCCUUAAAUUCAUGGCAUCCUAUUAAAAAAGCAAAACAAAUUUGGUGUUAUGCUGCAUGACAAAGACAAACACACCUCAAAAUGUUGUCCUUUCUUAGCUUGCUGCGUUUUACAGUUAUUUCUGCUAACGAUUUAUAAGCUUUUAUUAUAUGAUAUUACAGAAAUGAAGUUGUUUUCUUAUUUCUGUUCAGUGUACCAGAGCUGUUUAUCUGUUAACGAGAUACAGCGUCAUUUCUGUGAAAUGUACACGUGUAUGUGCAGGUCAAAUUAAUAUACGACAUACUAUCAGUCUGUAUACAGGUAUUCCUGUUUUGCUAACCUGUGCAGAUUCAGUUUUCAAAAAUAGUGCAGUCAAGUUCUCGCAUACUUCAUUUUGUAGACUUCAUGAACAACCGUCCAGCUCAAAAGAAAAACUGGAAAAUGAUGGCUAACCACACACUGUUAUGAAACCAAUGAUGAAAAACAAAAAAGUACUUUGGUGCACCACUUAACAAAACAGGAUGCCCUCUCUCAGUUCUUGCACAUACAGACCAUUUAUGAGGCAAGUUUUCAACAGAUCUAGAAAGUUAUAACGUUGAGAGUGUAGUAUUAGCCCGCCUCUCUAUCUCCCCCUGCAUCCAAAGUCAGAGCUCUAGGACCUGCAAUGUCUCAGAGGUCUGGGCUUUCUGAGUACAAGAAACAUUUCUUUCAGCAUCAGCUAACAAAAUUGAUUUUAACGUAUGAUGUUUUUACAAUUGGUCAGCUCUUUUGUAUUCUUCCAGCUAUGGUUAUUUGGUCUCUUACAAUUUGUUCUACUGAAAGAGUCUUUGUCUGAAUGCAGCAACUGUCAUUGAAUGGUCACUGACCACUUGCACUCUUUUGAUGUAGAUUAAAACUUUUUCAUAAAUUUAACCUGCUUUGAUUUGCUCUGUAUUUUUCCUGCAGCUGUAAUUGCCGAGUGCCUGUUGUAUACUUUCUAGAGUUGAAAUAAUAAUAAAAAAAAUACUUUUGAA